AUGAAGUCCUCAAAUAUUCUCGUGAUUUUCACCAUUUUCUCCCUGCAUUGUUUCAUUUGUUUAGCGAGCAACUCCCCUCAGGACUUCCUAGACGCGCACAACAAGGCUCGUGCAGAGGUUGGUGUGGGUCCACUCGAGUGGAGCUCCGUCCUCGCAGAAUAUGCUCAGAACUAUGCCAACACGAGAAUCGAAAAUUGCGUAUUUGAGCACUCCGGCGGGCCUUAUGGCGAGAAUAUAUCCGCGGGUUCCGACCCGGAAAUGAACGCUGCAGCUGCUGUGAAAUUGUGGGUGGAUGAGAAGACAAACUAUAAUCACGAAACAAACUCAUGUCAAAACGGUGAAUGCUUGCAUUAUACACAGGUUGUUUGGAAUAAUACUACUCAUAUUGGUUGUGGUAGGGUAAAUUGUAAGAAUGGAUGGACGUUUAUCAUAUGUAGCUAUGACCCACCAGGAAAUUAUGUAGGUGAUAAACCUUACUAG